UGCCUUGUCUGUGGCAGGGUGCUGCGUUGAAGGGUUAACUCACGCAAGAUGGCUUCCUCCCGCUCAGGAAUGAAGCCGUUUGUCACCAAGUUUCAUGGCAAAACUCAGCUAACAUCGACUGAGUUUAUGGAAGUGUUUAGGAAAUACGACAAAGAUGGUAAUGGUUACAUUGAAGCCAGAGAGCUGGAUCCUUUUCUACAAGAACUGUUCGAAGCAAGAUAUCAUGGUUUGGCUAAAGACAAAGUCAGAGAGAUGCGAGAACUUAUUCUAGAGAGAUACGACAAAAACUAUGAUGGCCGUCUGGAAAUUAACGAGGUAGCCCAAAUUCUUCCUACAGAACAGAACUUUCUUCUUCAGUUCCACCGAGAGUCAAAAAUUUCCAGCGUUGAAUUUAUGAAGAUCUGGAAUCAUUACGAUGUCUAUCGUGAAGGAUACCUAGAGAAGAAACACUUGAGGGGUUUCUUUAAAGACCUGUUGACUGUUAAUAACCCACAUGUCAGUCCACAAAGAAUUGAAGAGUACGUCAAUGCAGCGCUGGAAUCAUUUGACAAGAACAAAGACGGAGAGAUAGAGUUAUCAGAAAUGGCUAAACUUCUGCCCGUUGAAGAGAAUUUCCUCUCAAAGUUCCAGAUCAGGCAAAACCUGACAAGACAAGAAUUUGAGAAAAUCUGGUACCACUACGAUCAGGAUCACAAUGGAAGCAUUGGCGGUGCUGAGCUAGAUGCUCUUAUACGAGACUUGUACAUCAAGAACAACAAGGAACCACCGGACAUGAAAACCAUCAAUGACCAGCGUGACAUGAUUAUGAAGUUCGCUGACCGUGACGGCGAUGAUGCGGUACAGAAGGAAGAAUUGGCCCUGUUUUUCUCGGUGGCGCAGUCUCGAAAAGUUCAAGAUAUCAAGGUUGACGUGGAAGGGCGUGAAGCCGAGAGAAGAGCCGAGAAAGCAGCAGAUCAACAAGAACAAGCGAAGAAACAGGACGACAGCGGUUCCACUGAAGGAAGUACGGGCUGUUGUUGGCUACUGUGAUGAAAGAGUAAAUUAAAUUUCAGAAAAUUUCAACCUUCGAGUUUCUGUAAAGCGCGCUGCUCUAGACAAUUAAUGACUUUUAAACCUCCAUGACUAAAGAAACUGGCGUUGGCAUAACGAUAAAACGAAUAUUAGAAGAAUAAACAGUAAUAAAUAAGGACAAUAUUAAAACUUAAUUCUUCCGCGGUAAGAGAAAUAAUAACUACGCUCUACACUUGAACGCGACGCUGGGUUGUGCAACGAGUGUUAUGAUUCACACGUAGACUGUUCACAGCCCUCUAUUUUUUGUUUGAUCGUUGAACGCGCGGAUAGAAUCGCGAGAGAACUAUUCGCCAGUGCAAGACGGGAGAUUUGACGGGGAAGGGGAUGGGGAAGUUUGGUUGGCUUUGCUCGCCUUCCCGCCCUCGCCUCCGCGUGCCUCGAGCUCGUUUCGCUCGCUUUUUCUUUCGUUGAAAAAUAGGUUGCGAACAGUCUGAAUUCAAACUCAACUCACAACAUUUUUAAAGAGCAUUCAUUCCCUUCUCAGCCUUAAAACAAUCUGUUCAUGUUUCAAUGGAAAAAAUAAAAUAAAGUUAAAUGGUUUGAAACGUAACGUUUCGUAAUACUGACGGCAUUAAAGUGACGACCAGGCGCAUAA